GUGAGGAACGCGUUGCGAGGCGCUCCGUUGCAACGAGGCUCGCAAUUGGGGAUGCGAUGGCAACUUCGGCGCUGAACUUCGGCUGCACCAGCAAUCAGGUCGCAACCUGCUGUGUUGACCAUAUAGUGUGUUACUGCAAUAGUAGGUCACCGCUGCUAGGCUUCACUUCUUUGCCUCAACUCGCGAUCCUCGCUCUUUGACCCGACCGUGCUCACGCGCCCCUUGGGGGCGACAGGAGGCGAAGCAGCGAUGUUCAACAAUCCGUACGCGAUGAUGGGCCAGAUGGGCCAGGGCCAGGGGCAGAUGGGCGCCGGUCAGCAAGGGCAAAUGAAUGCCCAGCAAGGCCAAAUGGGCGGCCAAAUGGGCGGCCAGAUGGGCGGUCAAAUGGGCAAUCAGAUGCAAGGCAUGGGCCAGAUGGGGCAGCAGCAACAGCAGCCAGCGGGCCAGCAGCAGGGCAACGCGAUGGCCGGCAUGCAGGGCGGAAUGAUGCAAGGAAUGCAGGGCAUGGGCGGCAUGGGCAUGGGCGCUAUGCAGGGCAUGGGCGGUAUGGGCAACAACGCUAUGGGCGGCGGCAUGGUCGCGGCCGGCGGCAACGCGGCCGGUCAAGGCCAGGCCGCCGGUGCUGCGACCGGCGCGCUGCCCGCCGCGAUGCAGGCGAUGAUGGGCGGCCAGCAGGGCGCGGGCGGGGCCGCGGGGAUGCAGAACAUGCAGCAGAUGAUGCAGCAGCUGCAGCAGCAGGGCAUGAACCCAGCCAACAUGGCCAAUUGGCAGCAGGCGAUGGCCAGCAACCCCCAGGCCAUGGCGGCAAUGCAGGCGUACAUGCAGCAAUACGCGAUGCGCAUGGCCGCCUUCCAGCGCAUGGCCGCGCAGGCCGCGACCGGCGGCAUGGCCGGCCCUGGCGGCAUGGCGGGCCCAGGCGUGAUGGGCAUGCCCGGCGCUAUGGGGGCACCCGGCAUGGGCGGACCCAUGGGCGGCCCCAUGGGGAUGGGCGGACCCAUGGGCAUGGGCGGCAUGGGUAUGGGCGGGCCGCCAGGCGCCAUGGGUGCGAUGAUGGCGGGCGGCCACGGGCCAGGUGGCAUGGGCGGCGGGCCGCGGCCGGGCAUGAUGGGCGGACACGGACACGGUCCGGGCGGCGGCGGCGACGGGCCGGAGGGCACCCGCUUCUGGAAGACCCGCAUCUGCAACAAGUGGAAGGACGGCAACUGCCCCUUCGGCGACACGUGCCGCUACGCGCACGGGGACGCCGACCUGCGUACGCCGCACAUGAACGGCCCGGGCGGCCCGGGCGGCCCCCGCGGCGGCCCCGUGGGCCCUGCCGGCGGCGGUGGCCCUCUGCCUCCGCCCAAGAUCGGCAUCAUGCACAAGACGCGCAUGUGUGACGAGUUCAUGCGGGCGCAGACGUGUCGCUACGGCGACCGGUGCUCCUUCGCCCACUCGCAAGCGGAGCUGCGCCCCGUGCCGGCUGGUCGCUACGUGCCGCCCGGUGCCCAGCAGGCGCAGGGCGGUGCCGCUGCCGCCGGCGGUGACAAGGGUGCUGCGCCGGCCGCCGGUACGGGCGCGCCCCCCGCUGCUGGCGGCGCCGCGCCUGCUGCGGGCGCGGCCCCCGCUGCUGCCGGCGGCGCUGCUGCCGCCGGCGGUGAUGCCAUGCACAAGACGCGGCUGUGCGACCGUUGGAUGAGCACCAAGACCUGCCAGUACGGUGACAAGUGCACCUUUGCGCACGGGCAACACGAGCUGCGCCAGCGCCCCGCGGGCGCCUUUGGCCGCGGCACCGCGCAGCGCCAGGCCGGCGGCAAGCCCGGCGCCCCCGGCGCCCCCGGCGCGGGCGACCAGCAGCAGGGCGGCGCCCCGCCCGCUGUGGGCAGCAAGCGCGAGCGCGAGGGCAGCGCGGAGCCAGGCUCGGGCGGCGGCGACGAUGCCGAUGCCGACGGCGCCGGCGCCAACAAGCGCCAGCACACCACCGCCGGCGGCAGUGACGGCGGCGAGGACGGCGCCGGCGGCCACGCCCAGGCGCAGGAGAGCGAGGGCGCGGGCGGCGACGGCGGCGACUGGGGAGACCACGGCGACGACAAGGCCUGGGGCGACGGCGAAGGCGACGGCGAGGCGGAGGCCUACAACGGCGGCGCCGACGGAGGCGAGGGCGACGGCGAGGGGCACCAGGGCGCGGCCGGCGGCCUGGACUCUUACGGCUCUGUGGGCGCGGAGGAGGCCGCCGCCGGGGCCAAGGUCAAGCAGGAGGAAGCCGCGGGCGGGGCGGCUGCGGGCGCGGGCGGCGAAUGCGAGCUGUGCGCCAAGCUGGCUCGUGCCGGCCGCGACAAGCUUCUGGCCGCGCUGCAGGCCCAGGGCUCCCCGGCUGUUCAGAAGCUGGGAGCCAUGGUGCUGGCUCUGAGCCCGCGGCUGGACCAGCUGUGGCACAAGCUCAGCUUCGGACAGCUGCAGAGCAUGAUCACCAAGGCCGACCUGUCCGUGGCCGACCGCGUGGAGCUGCUCAAGAGCCUGUGCUUCCACACGCACGUCAGCGGCGAGGAGCGCGAGCGCCUGGACAGCCAGAAAUACGUCAGCCAGGGACUGCCCGCGGAGGUGGCGGACUUUGUGGCCAUGGUGCUGGCGGACGGCAAGGAGGGCACCGCACAGAUGAACGAGUACUUUGCUGCUCUGGAGGUGUGCAAGCAGCUGUACGGCGUCAACGACGAGGAGUACUUCAACGUGUCCUCCACCAUGGCCAACCUGUUCAUGAACAUGUGAGACAGGCGGCGGAGCACGUGAGCACUUGAGGCCGGCCAUCCCGACAAACCUCUGCAUGAAGGGAUGUGAGGGGAGGCGGUGGCGGAGAGAUACAUGCCGCGGCGGCGGCGGCGCAUACGGCAGGGCCGCGGGAGGGACACGACGACGACAGGAAGCACUGCGCCGGCACAGCAGCAGGACGGAGCAGCAAUGAGCGGCGAGGAGCUGGAAUGCGGGCGUGGCCGCUGUGGGCUCGCUUGCGCCUGCGCGGCUGGGGUGUGCGCGGCGCGCCAUGGCAUGAGCGAGGGCUCGCCCAAGCCGCACCGCAUGCAUGCGUGCGGUUGCAGCCGACACUCAGACGGGGGCAAAAGCGCGGCGUUGCCAGGGCGCCAUGCACAGCACGGCUGAAGCUCUGUUGCGGCGGAGAGCAGCGGUAGGGCCGCACAGAGAGAGCCAAAGUUGUGGGUGGCUUUUUGCAGGGUUAGUUACCAAGGGAGGAGGUACAGGGCUUGGUCUCCGGCGUUGCAUGUGUUGCUUCGAUGGGUUCCCAAAGGGGAUUUACGCAAGGCGUUCUGUAGGUGGGCAAGGGUAUGGAUGGGUACAGGGCUAUAGUUUGUGCGAAGGGCAAGGUUUUGCAUAGUUGCGGUUGAAGGGUGCGGCUGAUGUGUGUGUUACAAGCGGUACGCGCGUGGUAUCGCGUGUGGUGGCGUCUAAGCAGCAGGCAGUGCUGUUAGGAAACUGCUGCCGCGUUUUUGCAAGCAGUUAUGUUGUAAAUGGGGGUGCGCGGUGAAGAACGGGUUCUCUGAAUGGGGCGUGAGCCACCUUGCUUGCCUUUCUCAGUGCCGCUCAAUGCCUACCACCUUGCUAUCUGUAUGAAUCCAAAGAAAUGCUGUUCCGCGCGGUGUGGUGGAUGCGGUUUCUCAUGCGUUUUACCUGAGUCCAACCAUUGUUUUACACACAGGUUUUCCAUUCGCGAUUGCGGCCCAUAACGGCUUGUCCAGCUCAGUUCAGCAGCUUCCUACACAUCAAAGUGUCUUUGCCAGUGCUCUGUGUGCAGCUACCGUAUGCUUGUGCAUUUCACCAUGCGCUUCCUGGUACUGUUUGCCUGAAAGGUUCCGGAUUCAGUCUUCGUAGGCGUUUGGGCCGCCACAAUUGUUUUGACCGCUUUUGUUUUGGAGGCUGCUUACCUACCCAGCAAUCACAUCCCUUCCUCUGUGCCAUAAUGAGUCGUCGUACGAAAGGGCACAGGAAUUGUACAGGGUGGGCAGGCACUGGGCUGGGCGCGCUAAUUGCGGGUUGGUGAGUGGCGUACACUGUACCAGCUUUGGUCACGCAGCUUGACCUGUUAUGGCAUUGUGUAGCAUGUAUGGGCUUGGCUGGCAUGCUAGCCGAGUUGCCGUCGGUAGUCGGUCUGCGCACCUGGCUAUGGCAGCUACGAUGGGACAUGGCAAGGGAUUCAGGCACGCAGUGUGGCGUGUCGCAAGCUGCGUUACGCCUCAGGAGCGUCAAAACGCACAAUAGCAUUGAUGAUUAUUAUGUAGCACACUGAUUCAGAACGUAUCAGUGUUGCUGAUAUUAUUGAAUGCCAUUUCGCGCUGCCUUUUGUGACAAAGUGCUGAAGCUCAACUGCCUCGCAUAACCAUUAUUGCAAUAGCUGCAAACUCUAAACUGCAAUAUAUAGUGAUCGCAUUAUCGGCCUGUCAGCACCUGUCGGCAAACAUUUUUGCUGUGCAGGACCGAUUUCCGGACGAAGAAUGAGCUUAAAAUAAUAUAAUAGUAUGAAUGCAAAGAGAAAAUCAUCUGUUAAGUACUGCUACGCAUUGCAUUCUGGAUGCCUAAGGUUGUGCGAAAGACGAACGGUGGCCGGAGUUCCAGCAUGCUUCGUUGAUGAGCCGACACAACCCGCAACCUGCCCUGCAGCUUAGCACAGCACUCGAAGAGGCCCUUGGUUUGCGGAGAAUGAGACAUAGGAGGAUGAGACAUAGGAGGGGGUUUAGCAGGGAAUGAUGCUUGCAGUGCCGGCGCAGGUGUGCGGAAGGCUGGUGCGAUCGCCUGGGGUUUGGGCACGCACGUAGGGGGCCUGCCGUUUCGCGGGAUGGAUUCUGAGUGGUGUCCUCAAGCUCGACUUGAUUGAAGCAGUGCUGCAGAGGCCCCGCAAUUUGCAGGCUUGUGGGGUGAGGGCUGAACCAUGAGGCCUGGUGGGGCGCAAGAUGUAUGUGCACGCGGUUAAUGAAGGUUGGCGGUUGGCUUGCCGCUACCUAAGUCAAGGGUCUCGUACCGUCGUACAUGUGUCGCUAGCUCAUCCGCUGAUGACUGCAUCAGCAGAUCUCUCCUGUAACAGAUGCAAAUG